UAUAUAAUGUAUAACAAUUUCAUGUACGUUAUAUCAGUCAUCUGCAACAUUGAUCUGUUGGUAUUAUAAUUAGGAUUGGCAAUCAAGAGGUAGUUUUUUAGCAAUUACAGUUACAGUCAGAAUCAGAAUCAGAAAGAGCUUUAUUGCCAAGUAUGUUUGCACAUACAAGGAAUUUGUUUUGGUGACAGGAGCAUCCAGAACACAGAAACAGCAACAACAGUACACAGAGACCAUAACACAAUAGAAUACAGUACACAAUGAUUUAAAUAAGGGCCUAUGGGUAUAAAAAAUUAAGAAAUACAAUACAAUAAAGAUAAGAUAAAGAUAUAAAGAGUAAAGCUAUGUAUGUAUGUAAAUAUGUACAAGUAAAAAAUAAAAAAACACUGUCUAUGAACAGUUUUAGAGUUCCUGCUGAAUGAAUAAGAGUGAGAAUAAUUUACUGACGACAUUAAAAGACAUGAAAUGCAACUAUUACACAUGUUUUCAAUACACAUAGGCCUACCAUUAUCUUUACAGAAAAAAACUAUAAAAUAACAGCCUCAUGCAAAGCAUUCAACCUUUUUCUGUUUAUUUUCUAAUUUUGGUUCCCAGAAUGCUUUGCACGAGGCUGUUAUUUUAUAAAGACUUGUUAAUGUUUAAUGUUCAUUUAUCUUUGAACAAACUGUUGCCAGUAAAUGACAUAAAUGUAAAUCUACAGUAAGUUACUGACAAACUGCUGCCAAUAAUACAGUAAUUUCUACAGAAUUUGUUUACAGUGAAUGUUAAAAAAUAAGACAAACUACCCUCAUUUUCUGAACUUGCAUACUUUCACAGUUAUUAUUUCAACUGAGGCAGAAGUGCUAACAUUUGCAAAACGGAAUUAAUAUAGCAUAAAACUUUAAAGUGACUUACAAAUGAUGUGAAUAGAAGCAUUUAAAUGAACAAAAAGAGCAACGAUUCAUGAUAUUUUGUAGUUUUUAGCACCACAAUCAUUCAGUUUCACUAUACACUAUAAAUAAGUAGACCUCUCCAAUUUAAUCUAAAAUCCUCUAAAUUGUUCUUUCAAUUGGCUUAGUUGAGAUUAUAUAAAUUUAAGGAACAGAUUGUUGCCAUACGUGAUAAUUGCCAAAAUGUUAAGUGCACGAGUGAUCUGAAUUUUUCUUCACGGUGUACAAGUCCUGUUUUUAAGUAACUGAGUCAUUUUUACCAACUCAUUAUUUAACAUUAAUUGACUUAAUAUUAAUUGACAACCCAAAAUACUGCUGAAUUGUCAUUUGGCACAUUUUCACCUCUAAUUUGACACAGAUCAUGCUAUAUAAGUUCAUAAGUUCUAAUGCUCAAGCAGAAGGGAAUGUUUUUCUCCUGAGGUGUACGGCCGGAGCAGAAGAGAGACUGUGAGUCACUUUAACCAAACCAAGGCGCAAGUCAGAGCCAUAGAGCAGUAGUACCACAUGUAGUACACACGGAGGAGCUUUCAACACCUUUCAGACUACUGUGGGGUGACACAGGCGUGAACGCUACAAACACAACUUUGUGGUGCCCCAGGGUCUCCUUAGCAAAUGCCUAUUUCUUCUAUCGCAAAUUUUUCCAUGUUGAUAGCAAAGAUGACGAGGGAUGAGCUAAUGUGCGAACGAGCGGGUUAGGUUUGCUUCUGGCUCAAAGAACGGUUACCUUCUCUGCAUCCUCUCGAGCCCUGAUCCCUUCUGCUCAACACCUUACUAGGAUCCGUCCUCAACAACACCAGGGCAGAAUAUUACAUCUUCGUCUCCUCUGGUCAUAAACACAUACACACCUGCAGCAGUUGUGCAAUAAACGUCCAAUCCCGUCUUUAUGAGCUUCCUUCUUCUCAUGAACAUCCUCAGCUGGACCGGGCCCACGUGAGGUCACUGACAGGAGACACCGGCAUGACAUCAUCAGCAUGAGCUCAGUCCAAGGGUCAAUACACACUGAGCACCACGGUUGUGACGGAUACCUGUGUUUGUGUUUGAAGAUCACCUAGUAACCACAUGGUGAUGUUUAGAUCCCAUCAAUUUAUUAGUGACCAUCCUAAGCAUUCUGCUUAAACUUUUGCUUCAAUACACAACUGCUACUUUAUCAGUUACAUACAAUGGCAAACCUGUAUCAUCUUAAACUGGUCAUUCGUAUCUGAUCAGACCCAAUUUUCUCUUCUUUGCUUUCUCACUUUCUUUUGCUGACACUUUUCUCCUCCUCUCUUAGUCAUCCCAGGAUGUGUCAGAAUUUCUAUAGUUUUUCAAGGUCAUGCUCAGUGGAGCGGAGAAAGGCAAUCACUGGAGAAAAAGGACGAGUGCUGCCAAGCCACAGCUUUUUCCUUUACACCCCCCGAAAAAAGCCUAAAUAACCUGCCCCCAACUCAGAGACACACCUUAGGUAGGGGCAAACCACUCCUCUCACCGUGUACUCGUGAGCGCACAAGGGGGUAUAUAUGGAGGUGCGAAAGCGGACAGAGGGAUUCAGACAGCGACGCAACUAAAGAGAUGGAUUCCAUGAUGAGACACGGCGCAAUGAUGAUCUUCAUUGGCUUCAUGAUGUGGACAGCUUGUUUGGCUGCACCAAUGCAGUGCCACUUCAACUCUCAAGCUCUGUGUGAGUAUGAGGGGAAGCAGUACUCUAUGGGAGAGAGUUGGAUGGAGCAGGGCUGUGUUCAGUGCACCUGCCUGCACCCUGUGGGAGUGGGAUGCUGUGAGACCGUGCAUCAGCCUGUGGACUUUCCUGCUUGGUGUGAAGUUCGAGUUGAAACCCUGACCUGUCAGGUCACACUGGUGUUGACCUCUGACCCUCGUCUGCCGUGCAUUCCCGGAGAGAACAACAUUGACCCAAGACAUGGGGCCAUCAACAUGAAUCUAGCAGGUUAGCAUGGAGGGAGACCAAUUCGGCAAUCACAAAUCCCCUGCCUGUCAGCUGACAUCUGAAUCAUUCAGAUGAGAUUGAAAAUUACUCUUAACGCAACUAUAUUCAAAAAACAACCAUAAAUAUGUAAGCUGCUCAAAAUCUCCAUUUGAAGGAAGCAAGGCAGUGGUCUGAUAAAGAAAAGUAAUGUGUGUGUGAGGGGGAGAGUGUUGUGUUGGAAUUUAUUAAAGUGAGAUCGAAAUCAAAAUCAAGGAUGUAAUGGAGGAAUAACUAUCAAUGUGUAUUUUAUCUAAUGCAUUUUAUCAUCAUUACACAUUCUUAGCACUGCAUGUUAUCUUUUCAUUUAUCGUUUUUAUCAUGGGUCAAUUCGAUACACUCCAAGGAUUUCAGAGAAAAACAUGCAUGAUUCUCUGCAUAAAAAUCUUAAUGUUGCAGAGUCUUUUCUUUGUCAUUUAUGCACUUUUGUGAACAAUCAGCUAAACAAGCAAAUUAAAGCCCAUGUAAUUGUCUUAUGUUUAAAAUGAUUACUGAAAUAAACAUAGAAAAUCAUCUCAUUGCCUUUAGUUUUCAUUUACCAAUAAUGAACAGUGCAACAUGGCAUUUAUAAGAUGAUUUUUGUCUUUGCUCUUUAUUCAGAAAUGGACAGUCUCAUGAUAAAGAUUUUAUGUACACUAUAAAACAGCUUAUGAUAGAGCAUUUCGCUUAAAUUUGUAAUUACAGGUUUAGCUUGGAGCAAAAGAAUUUAAACAAUAAAUACAGAAAUGUUCACAGGAGGUAAAGCAGUUUGUAGGAUAACACUGAAAAGCUAACAAGAAGUUUACAUGAAUUUACUGCACUGCAAAACAAACGCCAAUGAAUCAAAGACCAGCAACUUUUCAAUUCGGAAUAUGACUGCCCUCAUUCCACAAAACACACUUUCCUUUAAAAUCGUCCAGGAUACAAAUAAAACAA